CUCCAGGCCAAAUAUUCGCAUGGCAGAGAAAUUCCAAGUUGACAGGGUGUUCAUUGUUGGGGAUGCCGCUCAUACACACUCUCCGGCCGGAGGUCAAGGCAUGAACUCGAGCAUUCAGGACGCCGUAAGCGAACGUGCUAGAGCAUGUACACCUUCAAUUGACUAACAUAAUGCCGAUAUACCAGUUCAACCUCGGCUGGAAACUCGCCCUCGUGAUGAAGGGCCAUGCUUCCCCAGCCCUCUUGUCCUCCUACGAGAUCGAACGCAUACCCAUCACGACGGACCUGUUCGACCGCACGUUCGGUGUCGACACGCAGCGCAAGCUCGCAGACGCACGCGCCGCCGAGCAGGCCGGCGCCGGUACGGACGCGACAGCGCGCGAGCAGGUCUGGAUCCGUGGCAGGAAGCUGUUCCAGCUCGACGUCAACUACCGCUGGAGCACCAUCGUCCUCGACGAGCGUUUCGCCGGCGGCGAGAGCACGCGUGUCGCCUAUGGCGAGCCGGGCCAGGACGUCCGGGCCGGCGACCGUGCCCCCGAUGCGCCUGUGAGCGUCGGUGGGAAUGACACGCGGCUGUUUGACAUCUUUAGCCCUGCUCAUCAUACUGUGCUGCUGUUCGGUGUCGAUGAGAAGGAGGCGGGGGUGCUCGGUGUCGUCCGCGCUUUGCCUUCUGACCUCGUCAAGAUCUUGCUCGUUUCUUCCCCUGGGGAGGUGCACGUUACGACCAAUGAUGAGUCCAACAUUGUUGUUGAGGAUAAAGACGGCCAUGGGAGGAGACCGUAUGGUCUGGAGGGGCAGACGGGUCCUGUUGUUGUUGUGGUUCGCCCGGACGGCAUGAUUGGUGCUUUCGCGACCUCGGCAAAGGGCCUAGAGAAGUAUUUCUCCCUGAUUUUCUCUCAUGCUUGAGAUUCUGCCGGUUAGAUACCGCAAGGAUUACUAAACGCUCGAACAGACGAAGCAGCACUGUAAACAAAUGGGUUUAAAUGUAAACGUUCAACAAACAUUGAGCCCAGUACCGGCUCCAAUCAAAGGCGUCUCUGCUUUCGACCAAGUCGGACGGGGCAAGAUUACCUCUC